CGAACAAAGGCCGCCAUGAAGCCCGGGCCGCCGCGCCGCGGGACCGCACAAGGGCCGCGCGUGGACACCGCCACCCACGCGCCCGGGGCCCGCGGGCUGUUGCUGCCACCGCUGCUGCUGCUGCUCCUGGCCGGCCGCGCCGCGGGGGCUCAACGCUGGCGCAGUGAGAACUUCGAGAGGCCGGUGGACCUUGAGGGCUCAGGGGAUGACGACUCGUUUCCUGAUGAUGAACUGGAUUACCUCUACUCGGGCUCAGGCUCUGGCUACUUCGAGCAGGAGUCCGGCCUUGAGACAGCCAUGCAGUUCGUCCCUGACAUAGCCCUGGCUGCGCCCACUGCACCCGCCGUGCUACCCACAACAGAUAUCCAGCCUGUGGAUACCCCAUUUGAGGAGCUUGUUUCUGAGCACCCCAGCCCUGAACCGGUUACUAGUCCCCCACUGAUGACAGAGGUGACGGAAGUCCUGGAAGAGCCCAGCCAGAGAGCCACCACCAUGUCCACCACUGCAUCUACCACUGCUGCCACCACCACAGGGGCCCCUACUAUGGCCACAGCACCUGCCACAGCAGCCACCACUGCCCCUAGCACUCCUGCGGCACCCCCUGCCAUGGCUAGCACUGCAGACAUAAGGACCACCGGCAUACAGGGGCUGCUGCCUCUUCCCUUGACCACUGCAGCUACAGCCCAGGCUGCUACCCCAGCAGCUCCCUCACCACCCACUACUGUGGCUACCUUGGACACGGAGGCCCCAACACCUAGGCUGGUCAACACAGCUACCUCUCGGCCACGAGCCCUUCCUUGGCCAGUCACCACCCAGGAGCCUGAUGUUGCUGAGAGGAGUACUCUGCCAUUGGGGACCACCGCUCCUGGACCCACGGAGGUGGCUCAGACCCCGACUCCAGAGUCUCUUCUGACCACGAUCCAGGAUGAGCCAGAGGUGCCAGUGAGUGGGGGGCCCAGUGGGGACUUUGAGCUGCAAGAAGAGACCACACAGCCCGACACAGCCAAUGAAGUGGUGGCUGUGGGGGGAGCCGCGGCCAAGCCGUCACCUCCACCGGGGACACUGCCCAAGGGUGCCCGCCCAGGCCCUGGCCUCCAUGACAAUGCCAUCGACUCGGGCAGCUCUGCGGCCCAGCUCCCUCAGAAGAGCAUACUAGAGAGGAAGGAGGUGCUCGUAGCCGUGAUCGUGGGUGGUGUGGUGGGUGCCCUCUUCGCUGCCUUCCUGGUCACCCUGCUCAUCUACCGCAUGAAGAAGAAGGACGAGGGCAGCUACACCUUGGAGGAGCCCAAGCAGGCGAGUGUCACGUACCAGAAGCCCGACAAACAGGAGGAGUUCUACGCUUAGCAGAAGCCACAGUUGCCUCGGGCAGCCUCGACGCCACCUUGCCCAGUCUCUGCCCUCCACAGCCCAGGCCUGGGCCUGGGAAGGAGCCUGGCCCUGCUUCCUUCUGCUCAGACUGCUAGCCUAACACAGACAGUCCUAAGGAGCAGGGGCGCCACCGUCUGCCCCAGACUGUGCCCUUACUGUGCCCUUCUUUAGUCCCAUUCCCUCCCGUCGGGGGCAUCAGGAUCUUGUGUCCAGUGGACAAGAGGAAGAAAGCCCCCCC